CACACACACACGCAGACACGUACUAUGUUGACAUAGCAUUUUUUUUUUUUUAUACAUAAUUUUAGAUCUCAGCUUGUAUAAAUUUCUUUUCUGUGUGCAUAUACUUGAAAAAAAAAUAUAAUAAAAACUGGAGAGAGAGAUAUUAAAUUAUAUACAGCUGCCAAUCUGCCAUUGCCAAAGCCAUGAGGUCGCAAUAAUCAUGACUACUGUUAUAGUUACUCAUAAAUAUUAAAACUUACUUAUUGUGUGUGCAUUUAAAAUAUAAAAUUCUUCAAUAGCUUGUCAUCAUCAUCAUCAUCACAACAGUGCUGAUCAGUGCUGAUAUAAAAAGUUAAAGUGAACUUUUACUUUUUUACUAUUUUCGAAUUUUUAUUGUGUCAAAAUUUGCACAUAAUCAUGUUUCAAUUAUAAAUACCUAAUAGUUAAUAAUUGAAUAUAUUGAAAUUUAAAAAAAAAAGUACAAAGAUUGUUGAAUAAUGGGGAAAAAUAAAAAUCGUCAGCCUGAUAUUACUGAUGACGCCAGUUUACAUUCAUCUGAAUCAGAAAAUGAACAAAAUUCAGGUAGUCCAAAAUGUUCACAUAUUGGAAAAUCAGUAUGUGCUAAAAAGCUUAAAAAAUUUUUAAAAACAAGUGGUAUACUUACUGAGUGUAAAACUUGUGAAAAAAUAAAAAAUGAUGAAUCAUCAUCAGCUCAAGAUAAUAAAAAACAAGAAGAAAAACAAGAUCAAGAUGAAGAUGAAGAAGGGUUUGUAUCAAUGCCACCACCUUUAUGGAUUUGUCUUCAAUGUGGUAAUCAAGCAUGUGGUAGAACACAAAGACAACAUGCCAAACAACAUUUUGAAACACCACACAGUGACAAACAUUCAUUAGCAAUUGAAUCACACAAUUGGCAAAUAUGGUGUUAUGAAUGUGACAAUGACGUACCAGCUGAUUCAACAAAGCCACUACUUGAAACUGUUGAAUUUAUUAAAAAAUUAGCAACAACAUCUUACACACCAUCACAGCCAGUUUUAAAAAAGCUACCAUCAAUUGAACAACAACAACAACAACAACAACAGCCACCAGAUUAUAAUAAAUUAACAAAAUUACCAUCAUCAUCAUCAUCACCAACAAAAGAUAAACAAAAAAUUUUAACAAAUUUAACUCGUGUUGGUGGUCUUAUGAAUCUUGGUAAUACAUGUUUUUUUAAUUCAGUUAUGCAGUGUUUAGCACAAACACCAUUUCUCGUUAAAGUACUUGAAGAUUUACGUGAACCUGGUGAAAAAUUUCAUUUACCUGGUGGUAAAUUUAAAUUAACAGAUAAUGAAAAUACUGAUGAACAAGAAUUACCAAUAAUUGAGGGUACACUUGAUGGUUGGGGUAAUUUUACAUCAAUAUUACAUAAAACACUUGUUGAAAUGCAAAAUUCUGAUAGUAAUCAAACAUACAGACCAUCUGAAUUAUUAAAUUCAUUUAAAAGAAAUAAUCCACAUUGUAUGGAUGGUGGUCAACAUGAUUCACAUGAAUUAUUACGUCAUUUACUUGAAUUAGUACGUAGUGAUGAUUUACGACGUUAUCAAAGUAUAAUAUUAUCACAAGUUAUUGGUGAUAAAUCAAAACGUCAAUCUGUUGAUGAAAUUAAAAAAGCACAUGUUAAAUUUUAUGGUAAUCAAGCUAGUAAUAGAUAUCUUGGUACUGAACAAGUAUUUCGUGGUGUAUUAGUAUCAACACUUGAAUGCUCAGAAUGUAAACAUUCAUCACAAAAAACUGAAACAUUUUUAGAUUUAAGUUUACCAGUUAUGGUUGAAAAACCACAACCACCAAUAUUUCAUAAAAAAAAUCAUACAACUGAUAAUGAAACAUAUGAUAUUAGUGGUAAUCCAAUUGUUGUUAAACCAUCAAAACAUCAAUUAAAAAAAGAAAAAAAUACAGCAAUUAAAAAUAGACGUAAAAAUCGUAAAAAAAAUGAUAUUAAUAUUCAUAAUAAUUCUAAUAAUUCUAAUAAUAAUAAUAAUAAUAAUGAAAAUAAUAAUUCAAAUGAUAAAAGUGUUGAAGAAUGUUCUGGUAGUGUGUUCUCAUGUUCUGAAUCAGAAGAAAGUGAUGCUGAUAUUGAGGAUAAUGUUGAAGCUGAUGAUAAUGGUAAAUCAUCAAUGUUAAAAAAAUUUGGUUGGGAAAAUAAUAAAGAACUAUCACAUGAAGAUCUUAUAAAAAUAAUCGAUGAUAGAUUAUCACCAAUGAUUGAUUUAAAUAAUGAAAUUGAUGAUUUUAAUAAUAUGGAUAAUAUCAAUAAUACUAAUAAUGAUGAAAAUUUUAAUGAUUUAAUUUUAGCAGAUGUUCCAUUAGAUCCAAUGAUGAUUGAUGGAUUAUCAAACAAUUGUGAUUAUGCUAAAAAUAUAAUGGAUAGUCCAAUAAUUGAUGAUAAUAAUAUUAAUAAUAGAUCACAAUCAUCAUCAACAAAUUCAUUGAAUGUUAAUUGUGAAUCAAGUCCAGAAAGAAUGAAUAUUAGUCCAUUAGAAAGUCCAGAUACAUCAAUGUUAAUACCACAUAAUAUUAAUGAUGAUAUAUCAUCAUCAUCAUCACCACUACCACUACCACUACCACCAACAUCAACAUCAUCAUUAUCAUUAAUAUUAACACCAACACCAGCACCACCAGCACCACCACCAUUACCAUUACCAUUACCAGAUAUAUCAACAACAAAUAAAACAAGAUUUUCUGAUGCUGAAACUGAUGAAUGUUGUUCACCACCAGAAAUUGAUAAUAAUAAUAAAAAAUUAUUAUCAUUAAAUAAUGGUAUUGUUAAUGUUACACGUGAUGUAACAAAAUUAUCAUUAAAUAGUCAACAAUCAUCAACAAGAUAUAAUGUUAAAGAUGGUGAUUGUUCAAUACAAUCAUGUUUAAAUCAAUUUACACAACUUGAAUUAAUGACUGGUAGUAAUAAAGUUGGUUGUGAAGCAUGUACAGCUAGAGAAAAUAAAAAAGAUGGUAAAUUAGUUUGUACACCAUCAACAAAACAAUAUCUUGUAUCAAAAGUACCACCUGUAUUGAUAUUACAUUUAAAAAGAUUUCAAUCACAAAGAUUUGGAUUUAGAAAAUUAUCAAAACAUGUAUCAUUUCCAUUACUGUUGGAUCUUUCACCAGUAUGUAAAUAUCAUGAUAAACCUAAAAUAUAUUCGCUGUAUGGAUUAGUUGAACACAGUGGAACAAUGCAUGGUGGACAUUAUGUUGCAUAUGUUAAAGCUAGAAAACCACUUGAUCCAGAUGAUCCAAGAUGGGAAUUUUUACCUAAAAAAAAUACUGAAGAAGUUGAUGAUAAUUCUAGUGAUACUAGCUCGGAUUUUGAAAUUAUUGAUGCAACUGAUUCAACAACUGAUUCAACUAAAGUUGAACCACCACCUGGAAGAUGGUACUAUGUUUCUGAUUCAAGAGUCGUCGAGAUUGAUGAAGCAACUGUUCUUUCAAAAGAAGCUUAUCUUUUAUUCUACGAAAGAAUUCAAUGAUGUCAAAUUUAUUUGUAAAAAGACCCAACAA